GCAAAUUUGAUCUAGAUCUAAUAGUGAUAAUGAUAUUCAUAUUGUGAUAAAGUUAAUUUAAUUAAAAGUAAGUAGAUCUAGAUUUAAAGUAAGUUUUAGUUUUAACUUAGUAAGUAGUAAGUCUGAUUUCAAUUUUCACAGAGUCAUGAGACUGACUUAGUUUUUUAUGAGGGACUAGAAUCUAGAUCUAGUCUAUCUAGCUCUAGAUGAUGUAGAUCUAGAGUAAGCUCUUAUAUUCUGAACACCCCAUAAAAUUCUCCUUCACUGGAUGUAUCAUUACAUCGCUUUUUUGUUUGUAAUUCAUUAGUUUUUAUGUUUGGAGCAAAAAUUGACGUCUUGGGACUGCACAUGUACAAUUUUAGAUAACAUAAGUCCCUGUCUUGUUGUUUCGUUUCUCUGUAGUACACUGUAGCAGAUGAAAGUUUUCAUGAUUUUCUGUAAUCAGGAUAUCUAGAUUCUCUAGAUUAUACAUCUGAUUCUACCUAAAAAGGAAAAUGUCCAACAUUACACCUAAGUCCGGCAAACAUGGCUCCCGUAAAACCCACGAAGUUGGUGCUAUAAUUGCUGCCAUUGAGGAGAUAAAGUCGGGGAGUAUAUCGAUCCGCAAAGCAGCAGCAAAAUUUGAAAUACCCAUCUCAACACUCCAUAACAAGCUGAAGGGGAAGAGUACUUUAGAGGCGUCCAGAAUGUUACUCACCAACGAUGAGGAAAGCAAGCUUGUUAACUGGUUGAUAGAGCUAUCACAUUGUGGAUUUGGAAAGACCAAUGAUGAAGUCAAGUUGGCUGCCCGGGAUAUUAUGGCAACUAGAAAUGCAGCCUCAAAAAGCAAAAAUAAAGUACCCACCAAUAAUUGGCUCUACAAGUUUUAUAAGCGCCACCCAGAACUGUCCUUAAGUCCACACAUGUCUCUUGCAAAAAAAAGGAAAAUGUCCAACCUUACACCUAAGUCCGGCAAACAUGGCUCCCGUAAAACCCACGAAGCUGGUGCAUUGCCUGCAAAAGAAAGGAAAAUGUCCAACAUUACACCUAAGUCCGGCAAACAUGGCUCCCGUAAAACCCACGAAGUUGGUGCUAUAAUUGCUGCCAUUGAGGAGAUAAAGUCGGGGAGUAUAUCUUACCGCAAAGCAGCAGAAAAAUUUGAAAUACCCACCUCAACACUCCAUAACAAGCUGAAGGGGAAGAGUACUUUAGAGUCAUCCAGAAUGUUACUCACCAAAGAUGAGGAAAGCAAGCUUGUUAACUGGUUGAUAGAGCUAUCACGUUGUGGAUUUGGAAAGACCAAUGAUGAAAUCAGGUUGGCUGCCCGGGAUAUUAUGGCAACUAGAAAUGCAGCCUCAAAAAGCAGAAGUAAAGUACCCACCAAUAAUUGGCUCUACAAGUUUUAUGAGCGCCACCCAGAACUGUCCCUAAGGUCAUCCACGUCGCUUGCAAAAGAAAGGGCAGUAAUUACUCCCGAGGAUGUAAGUAGAUGGUUCAGUGAUUUAAAACAUACGAUAGAUGCAAUCGACGACACAGUCUUGAAAAACCCUCACCGCAUAUUCAGUGCCAAUGAAACAGGCUUUGGCUUUAAUGUGAACAACAGAAAAGUAAUAGAAUUUAAACAAUCCAAACAUAUGUACAGCAUCUCGUCAAAUAAUAAAACUCGAGUGACUGUACUAGCAUGUGCUAGUGCAGGGGGGCAGUAUAUCCCACCCCUUCUGAUUUACCCAUAUAAAAGAAUGCCCACCAAGAAUCUGUUAGAAGAGUUCCCAGAUGCCCAUCUUCAAGUGUCUGACAAAGGGAGAAUAAAUGCUUCCAUUUUCUAUACCUGGUUAAGAGAUAGCUUUAUACCUGCCACCCAAAAUGUUCCCAAACCAGUUAUUCUUCUCGUUGAUGGGCACACGAGUCACACUUCACUUACAGAAACCUCCCUCUUGUGUGAUGAAAACAAAAUUCUUCUAUACUGCCUCCUUCCCCAUGCCAGUCACCUUAUCCAGCCCUUAGAUCAAGCCUUUUUCGGUGCUAUAAAACCAGCCUGGAUUGAAGCCAUUCGCCAGCAUGGGGUAUCACUGAAAUCAUUUGCUAGCAUAUUAGCACCAAUUUGGAGAAAAAAUGCUACUCCUGAUAUAGCUGCCGAAAGCUUCUCAGCAGCAGGAAUUUAUCCAUAUAAUCCUGAAAAGGUUUUAAAGUCAGGAAAGAUGUACCCCAGCAAGGUUUACAGGAACACUGAUCAAAACCCAUCCCUGAGUAUACCAGCCAAUACUGUUGCAUCAUUAGCAACCGAUAUCAGUGUCCCACCAGAAGCAUCCUCAUCUAUGGUCCCACUAGAGAGUAGUACCCCCACAGAAGCAUCACCGACUGAAAUAGCCUAUAACUUUGAUACUUCCACCUUUCCUGUUAUUGCAAUGACAAUCGAGACCCCUGCAGAAGCAUCCAUCAUGUCUGAGGCCUCUGAUGAUUUGUGGACUAUUCCAUUAGCUGUCCCCACCCAACCUGAAGCAUCGUCUUUAUUGUUGACAACACCGCAACAUCGCAGGUGUACCAAGGGAUUGCCACCCCAGAUUCCUAGUACAUCUAAAGUUUCCUCCCCAAGAAAAAUGUCUACGAAACAGCUUAAAGCCCAUAAAGAUUUGUGUUUUUUUUUAGCAGAUGAAAUUUCCCGCCAUCAACUUAUUAUGUUUUUUUCAAAACUAAGUGGUUCCCAAUCCCAAGAUUUGAGUGAUGCAAAAGAUGUAGCCCAGUACCAGAAAUUCCUGGAUUUGUCACACACCUUGUUUGCAGCCUGCGACAAAAGUGAAGGCCAGGCAGUCACUGCAUCAAUUACUGCUAACAACAUAUUCAAAUUACCUUCAUUGAAAGGCAAGAGUAAAGGCAAUAGAAAUCCAACGCUCACAGCAACAGUGCCAAACCUUAUUAGUGGGGAUGAGUUUAGAGGGGUGUCGAAGAGAAAGCACCAAGGAAUAGAAGAGACUGAAAAUAAAAAAAUUGGUAAAAGGCUAGAAAGAGUGGAAAUCAAAAAGAAAAGGGAACAGGAGAAAGACAAUAGAAAGCUGGUGCAAGAAGAAAAGAAGGAAGAACACGAAAAAAAGGAAGGAAGAACAAGAAAAAAGGAAGGAAGAACAAGAAAAAAGGAAGGAAAAACUGGCAAAGAUGAGAAAGUUGGAAGUGCAACAGUGAAAGGAUAAGAGGAAAGGUGACAAAGGACAAUGAUGAUGACCCGCAACUCAUCAAACAAACGGAAAAGGAAGUGCCAACAUGUGGUGAUGAUGCAGGAGAUACAACAAAAGAGUGACACAUGUGUAAGCAAUGGAUGCAGCACCAUGGAAAAGGGAGUGCUGUAGAUUCGGUGUGAUGCUUUGUGGCACACAAAUGGUGUGCAGUGAGUGUUGCCCUCAUCAAUAAUUUUACAUGAGAUUUCAAGAGCCAUGAGUUGUAAUUCUCAUAUAAUGCUUAUAGACAUUUAUAAAAUGUUUGUAUAUAAUCCAGAACUGUAUAUUGCAUUGCACAUGAGUUGUAGGGCUAAUUGUACUGUAUUCUUCUUAUUUUUCCAAGGGUUUUUUUUUUUUAAAUAUUGAAAAUGUUAUUUGUUAAUAUUGCUAAUUUCUUAUCAAGAUUGUUCAUAUUUAUUAAUUCAAUUCAAUGUUUAUUGUGUGAUUUAAUGUUGAUGCUGCUAUCUUACAAUAGAUCAUGCCUCCGAUGAAGUGCAUUUUAAUAGUUCAAAAUAAAUGUUUACAUAGAUCCACCUUAAAACAUGUUUGUUUAU